AUGAUCCACCAACAGCAAGGUCACAGAAGGCAACAAAACCGCCGAGGACAAAUUCAUGGGAGGACACCCGAGCCUAAAACAUCGUUUGCCUUCAAUAAUCAGUACUACCAGAAUCUCUUAGCACAGAGGGCUGUUUCAAUCGGAUUCCGUCUUGCUAACCAAUGUCAAUCACAUGUUCUGAGUCUGUCCAGCAUUGGUGAGUGGAGAGAGAAUUUGACUGGAUUCUCACAAAUUGGUUUAAAUGAAGAUGCCUUGAAACUCUUUGGGGAUAUGAAAAAUUCGGAGGUAGAGAUUGAUCAUUAUGCUCUCUCAGCUGUCCUCAGGUCAAGUUCGGAUUUAGUAACCCUCCAACUGGGUCAACAGGCUCACGCAUUGGCACAAAAAUCAGGGCUCGAGUCCAAUGAAUUUCAUGGGCAGGGAUAUGUUGCACUCGACCUCUUCUUCCAAAUGAAUAAGGAAAAGGUGAAACUAGAUCAUAUAACCUUUGUUGCAGUACUAACUGCCUGUAGCCACAUGGGUUUGGUAGAACAAGGCAGCAAAUUUCUAAAAUCUAAGGAAUUCGAUUAUGGAAUAACCCUGCGAAUGGAGCAUUAUGCGUGCGCAGUAGAUCUAUACGGGCAAGCUGGGCGUCUAGAUGAGGCAAAAGGCCUGAUUGAAGACCUAGAACCGGAAGAGCACUGCACUUACGUUCUUCUUCUCUGCAACAUGUAUGGACAUCUCAAAAGGUGGGUUGAGAAAGCUAGUGUAAAGAGACUUAUGAGGGAAAAGGGUGUGAGAAGAGUCCCUGGCUGGAGUUGGAUAGAAACCAAGGAUGAGGUGAUUUCUUUCAAAGCUGAAGAUCGCUCCCAUCCCCACUGCAAAGAGAUAUAUUUCGUAUUGGCAGUUUUGAUGGAGGAAAUCAGAAGGAUGGAUGUUGUUGCUAAUUUAAUGGUUUUAAUGCAUGAUUUCGAUUAUGUCAGCGACUGCUGUGAUGAUGCUCCUCUCCAAAAUCAUGAUUCGGUUUUGUUGGCUGCAUAA